AGAUCUCGUCCAGUAACGAAAAAGAUGUUUUCCGCAGCGACUGAUUCUGAUCGCCGUGAUCAGUUGCGAUCGCAAAGUAUGGACCGAAAGUCCUAUUAUGGUGAUGAUUAUCACUCCAAUUUACGAGGUCGAUUAAUGACACCAGAAUUUACUAAUGAAAAAAGCGACUAUAGUUAUGUUAACUAUCAUGAUACUUCAUUAGCCAGAACAUCAAUCCCUCGUGAACCGGACCAUAGCCGUGUUCCAUCUAAAGGCAUAUUAAAGAAUAAACAGGUUAAAUCACUAGAAGUUAGAUUAGAAAUGUUCAAAUCCUUAUUUUUCUCGCUCAUUUUAUUAAUUUGUUUUUGUUCUCUAAAAAGUUUCUGUUGCGAAGGGAUGAAAAAUAUUUUGGAUCGUCUUAAGCAGUAUUUAUCAGGCGAUAAACGAAGAACUCCAGAGGACUCAUUACCUUGUAAUUCGAUUCAAACAGUUUCUUCAAACAAAAAAAAAUCAUUUUUAUCAUUAAGAAGAAGGAGAACGACAGAAAUGCGACUUGGUCCUGAUGGAAAAAUUAUAACCGCUCCCUUUGAUGAUGAUUACAAAAGGCCUGCGUCACCAAUUGAUAGGAUUAAGUCUUUUUUUCGCAAGAGCAAAGAAGCUCUAACACCACCAGUUACAAGCCAAACAACGACGGGUAAUCAUGAAUACUCACAGUACAAUAAAGCAAGAACAAAUCCUUCGGCAAAUUACAAUCGCUAUAGCUACAUUUCGACUGCUUCUGAAAGACCAACACGUUACUGGUAUGACGAUUCACAUCUUUAUUAG